UUCAAAAACAUGAAAGGCCUUAUAACCUUCUCCACACCCUAUUUAUUGUUUAUAUAUCUCUUAUGCAUCUUGUUUACGACAGAAACUGAAGCUGGAUCAAGAAAUGGUGAUGGGGUUUACGUCGUCUACAUGGGAUCAGCUUCCUCUGCCGCAAACGCUUAUAGAGCUCAGAUACUCAUAAAUACCAUGUUUAAGAGGAGAGCUAACGAUCUCGUUCACACAUAUAAGCAUGGCUUCACGGGUUUCGCAGCUCGUUUGACAGCAGAAGAGGCCAAAGCCAUAGCCAAAAAACCGGGAGUGAUUUCGGUUUUUCCUGAUCCAAACUUUCAGCUACACACAACUCAUUCAUGGGACUUUCUCAAAUACCAAACAUCAGUAAAGAUUGACUCGGGUCCACCUUCAACAGCCUCAGAUGGAUCAUAUGAUAGCAUUGUCGGUAUUUUGGACACAGGGAUAUGGCCAGAAUCAGAGAGCUUCAAUGACAAAGACAUGGGCCCAAUCCCGUCUAGGUGGAAAGGUACAUGCAUGGAAGCAAAGGACUUCAAGUCUACUAACUGUAACAGAAAGAUCAUUGGAGCAAGAUACUACAAAAAUCCUGAUGAUGAUUCAGAAUACUAUACUACAAGGGAUGUGAUCGGUCAUGGUUCUCAUACGUCCUCCACCAUAGCUGGAUCAGCAGUGGAGAACGCGUCCUACUAUGGUGUAGCUUCCGGGACAGCAAAGGGAGGUUCACCAAAUGCAAGGAUCGCAAUGUACAAAGUAUGCAAUCCCGGGGGAUGCACAGGCUCCUCUAUCCUAGCUGCUUUUGAUGAUGCAAUCGCGGAUGGAGUUGAUGUCCUAUCUCUGUCUCUUGGAGCUCCAGCAUACGCUCGCAUCGACCUGAACACUGAUCCUAUCGCCAUUGGAGCGUUUCACGCUGUAGAGCAAGGAAUCUUGGUGAUAUGCUCUGCGGGUAAUGAUGGGCCUGAUGGUGGUACAGUUACCAAUACUGCACCUUGGAUAAUGACUGUCGCUGCCAACACCAUUGAUAGGGACUUUGAGUCUGAUGUUGUGCUAGGCGGCAAUAAAGUCAUCAAGGGCGAAGGUAUACAUUUUGCAAACGCUAGUAAAUCUCCUGUGUAUCCUCUCAUUCAUGGCAAGUCUGCUAAGAACGCUGAUGCAUCAGAAGGAGAAGCCAGGGCCUGUGAGUUUGGUUCUCUAGAUCAAGAUAAGGUAAAAGGGAAAAUUGUGUUAUGCGAGAACGUUGGUGGAUCAUCAUAUGCAUCAGCAGCUAGAGACGAAGUGAAAAGCAAAGGAGGUAUUGGAUGCGUCUUUGUAGAUGACAGAACUAGAGCAGUUGCUAGCGCUUAUGGUGCUUUUCCAACGACCGUUAUUGACUCAAUGGAAGCAGCUGAGAUCUUCUCCUAUCUCAACUCAACCAAAGAUCCUGUGGCAACAAUUCUUCCAACUGCAACAGUUGAGAAGUUCACACCCGCGCCUGCUGUUGCAUAUUUCUCUUCCAGAGGACCUUCAAGCCUCACAAGAAGCAUUCUCAAACCUGACAUUACAGCACCAGGAGUGGCAAUACUCGCUGCAUGGACUGGAAACGACUCAGCCAUUUCACUAGAAGGCAAGCCGGCUGCUCAGUAUAACGUCAUAUCGGGUACUUCCAUGGCAGCUCCCCACGUCACAGCUGUUGCAUCUUUGAUCAAAUCACAGCAUCCCACAUGGAGUCCAUCUGCGAUCAGAUCAGCAAUUAUGACAACAGCCACUCAAACCAACAACGAUAAAGGUCUUAUAACAACAGAAACUGGUGCAGCAGCCACGCCUUAUGACUCUGGAGCAGGGGAACUAAGCUCAACAGCAUCAAUGCAACCAGGACUAGUCUACGAGACUACUGAAACUGACUACCUGAACUUUCUAUGUUACUAUGGAUACAACGUAACCACAAUCAAGGCUAUAUCAAAAGCACUUCCAGUGAAUUUCACAUGCCCUGCAGAUUCCAACUUAGACUUGAUCUCAACCAUCAAUUACCCGUCAAUUGGAAUCUCUGGAUUUAAAGGAACUGGGAAUAAGACAGUUACAAGGACAGUAACCAAUGUUGGUGGAGACGGUGUGGCUGAGUACACAGUCAGCGUGGAAACACCACCAGGGAUUACUAUUAAGGUGACGCCUGAAAAACUCCAAUUUACAAAAGAUGGUGAGAAGUUGACAUACCAAGUGAUAGUGUCUGCUACUGCUUCACCUAAGCAAGAUGUAUUUGGGGCUCUUACUUGGUCUAAUGCCAAGUACAAGGUCAGAAGUCCAAUUGUAAUUAGUAGCGAGAGUAGCCGCACAAACUGAGUAAAUGGUAUAAAGUUCAAUAUAAA